ACUAGCUGACUUAAAAUUAAUAUAUACCCUAUUACAAAGAAAAAUAUCUCUAUAAUUUUGCCUCAGGCUUGAGAAAGAACUUUGGUCUUUGUUCUAAAUCAGUUAUGAUCUUAUAUUACUGUUUACAGGUGGAAAAGAGAUAGCAGUGGAAAUAAAAUCACCCACCCUGUUUCUGGGAAACACAUCUUACAGUUUGUUGCAAUAAAAAGGAAAGACUGUGGAGAGUGGGCCAUCCCAGGGGGGAUGGUAGAUCCAGGAGAGAAGAUCAGUGCCACACUGAAAAGAGAAUUUGGUGAGGAAGCUCUGAACUCCUUACAGAAGUCCAGUGCUGAAAAGCGAGAAAUAGAGGAGCAGUUGCACAAGCUUUUCAGUCAAGAACAUCUAGUGAUAUACAAAGGAUAUGUUGAUGAUCCUCGAAACACUGAUAAUGCAUGGAUGGAGACAGAAGCUGUGAACUACCAUGAUGAGACAGGUGAGAUAAUGGAUAAUCUUACCCUAGAAGCUGGAGAUGAUGCUGGAAAAGUGAAAUGGGUGGACAUCAGUGAUAAACUGAAGCUUUAUGCCAGCCAUGCUCACUUCAUCAAACUUGUGGCAGAGAAACGAGACGCGCACUGGAGCGAGGCCUCUGAAGCUGACUGACAGAGUGAUAGCUUGUCUCCAUGUUAGCCAAAGGCCAGCGAGGAGCAUGUGCUGAAAGAAGGCGCUAUCACAGAACUCAUACAAUCAAAGGGGCACUUGGAAAUGAUUUCAUUCACUUUCAAAAUGUUUGUAUUUAGAAGGUUUUGCAUCAGUAAAAUGAACAAAUACAGUGAAGUAGAACCCAGAAGUGUUAGCUUUCUUGUCAAAAGGAUUAGAAAUAGUUUGUCAUAUUUUGUAGUAUUCUAUUUAAGCAUGGCUCAAACCAAAUUUAAAUAACUGAUGUUGUUUGAAGAAUUAUAAUUAGAAUAAAAAUAAAUUUCCAGUUGGCUGUGAUUUGUGCUUUCCCUCUAGUUCUUGUUUGUUGGCUCUUUCCCCCCGACCCCACAAUCUUCUGAGGCCUUGAAGGAUGUUCCUGCUACAGCAGCUCCUUUGGAGGAGGACCACAAUUGAAUGUAUAGUUUAAUGUCUAACCUGA